CCGAGAACGACGAGGGAGGGAAGGGAGGGGUUAGUGUCGGGGUGGUGGAGUCAGAGGUCAGCCGCAGCGCUGUCACCGAGUUCAGGCGGACUGACAGUGGUCAGGGUGUCAGCAGCUCUGGAGGAUUCGCGUGUCGGAGGCGGGAGGAAAAGGGAAAAGUGUGGCGAGUGUUUAUUUCUGGGCCUGUGCGUGCCGCCGCACCAUAAAUAAUGGAUGAGCACAGAGAUUGGGGAGGCAACAGGAGAAGGCACCCCCUGCCAACCUUGGAAAAACCAAGCAUGCAGACAUUCAGAAAGCAAUGGGUAAAGAUAACAUUACUGCCAGUGGGUGGCACAUAAAUUUCAUUUUGUCUAGCAGACAAUAUCUUUUCCUUUUCACGUCCAACAAUGCACUGGCAGAGGGAGGCAGACAUCUGGGACCAACAGAAUGAGUGGAGACACACCAAUCAGGCUGUUCUGGACGAUACGGAUUUGUUGUAGGGAAUAAAAGACGAAAGGAAAAACAAUCCUCCAGGUUCUGUGAUAGGAAUUAAAUUAAGAUUCAAAAACGGAGGGUUUACUACAUUUUUACCAGCAAUCAAUCUAUUAAAUACGUCUCUAAACUUUACUUGAUUUUUAUUGUUAAACUCAGAAAAACAGGACUGACGUAAACGUCGUUUGCAAACAAAACGACAAGAAUUUAGACGCAAUAAAUGAGCAGGAAACUUGUGCAGUUUCCACCUUUAGUCAAUUGUCAAAUACGUAAUUUAUUAACACUGCUCAACAUUUGUGUUACAAAAGUUUGACGUUAUGACUAAAAAUGUACCGACCAAUCAGCAGAGAUCGGAAUCUGCUAAGCCGUGAUCAGUGACCCCUCCCACUUCUCCACCUCUCUCUCUCUAUUGGUUAGGUGCAUCAAAAACAUAACCUACCAUCAUUCACAACCCAAACAUAAACUAACAUGAACGCUGAAGCAAAAUUAAUUAAAAAAAAACUCAAGCAUAAGGGACGUCCUUUAAUGUGUAAAUGGGAAUAAUCCGAUUUAAUAUGAAUGCACCGAUCUGAAAAUUACACCACCUGCAUUGCUUUUCUGCUCUAACUAAACACUCCCAUAAUCCCGCACUGCAUUGGCAUCAUGUGACUUAAACAUGUGACCAACCCCCUUCCAACCCGAAACACCAACAGCAACAAGAUAGACGUAAACAUUAGACACUAAUAUCCGCCCAGUUUUACUUAUCGGACCGAUAGUUAUACGCUAAAAAAUUACUCAUAUUGGCUCAGUUUUACUUACUUCUGAUUAAAAGUGGUGGAUCUGUCACAAACAUCAGAUUAAGGCUGAAACAAAUCAAAUCUAUUUUAUCGCUGUUUACAAUACAUCUUAAUAGAUCGUAGUCCAAUAAACCCCAGAAGCGAAUGAUUGAAUGAAUUGCUCCAGCUCAUCAUCAGAAUCCCUACGUUUAUGUUCUCCUUUCUUGGCCUCCGUCUCCGUGGCCGAUCUCCAUCUCGACAUGUUCCUGAUCUUUAUGCAAACCCCCCUCCUCCCAAAACUACUCCAGAAUAAAGAGCCCCACCCCCUUUAUAGGUGCUCCGUUAUUGGAAAGCACCUAACACUUCCUAAAAACUACCUAGAGUGGGAAACUGUAUGCAGUCUUGCGUUGCAAUGUGAAGUGAUGUCAGCUGUGUCUGAAAUGGAAAUAUGUUGAAACCUUUUUUCCUGCGUUACUGCGCCGUCCUGCAUCACUCAAGAGUGUGAAAGUCCUUCCGACAGCGGUGCAGUCAAGUCUGACUGCCGGCGCUCCAGGUUUUCUGAGCAGACGGUGCAGCCUAGGCUUAGCCGGAUGGCUGCAGGACUUCACACUGAGCCUCUUUGUGUGUGUGUGUGUGGUUAAUAAUGCACCCCAAUCCCCUUGUUUAAAAAAAAAAUGUUUUGACACACAAGACAAGAAAGCAGGGAAGCAGGGAAGCAUCUCCCCCCUGUUUGACAGGAGAUCAACAGCUCCCAACAAGCUCUCGUGCUGCAAAAGCCUCCUCACAAUCUCACGCGGCGGUGAACUUGUAGCGGAGGCGCAUUGCCUACCACAGCGCCGUCUGGCAUUGUGCUGGGGCUGACAGGGAGUGGCUCGUUGGUAUUAAAAUCACCGCAGAGUGCAGCGCCCUUAAAGAGGCACCGCUCAGUGUCACACUGGCAGCUUCGCGCAACACCGAGAUGCGUCAAAAACUCUGCCAUCCAGUUAAACGCGCAUUUGUGGCCGCAUUGAAAUGCAAAUAUGGACGAUGUGGCCAAUCUGGAAAUGAUUAAUUGCGAUCUGAAAGGAGAGAAAUCAUGCCCAAGGAGCGGUGGGUCUGGCCGCCGCGCAGCGUCGGGGUCAAAUUUGGUUUGCAAUUUGGUGAGAGUGCAGCCAUCAGCCGAGCUAAAUUAAUCAAACACCAGGGCUCUACUGUUCAACAACAAAACUAGUGAGAAAUUUCUCCAUCACUCAGAAGAGCUCAAGAGCCUCUUGCACACUCCUCUACUUAUUUUCCUUCCCCACUGCACAUCUCUCUCUCUCCUCUAAGAGCUGACCUUUCCCUCCCACACCUCCGCUUCUCCCUGCUCUUUUCUGCUCAGCUAUGCGUGGAUCGGAGGCGAUAACCAGCUCCGCUUGAGCUGGAGGACCCUCGAUACCCUUCCUCUAUCUGCCCUGGUUCUAUUCUCAGCGGAGAGCGAAAAGAUUUUAAAUCUACUGCCAGUAAUGGAUGAGAGUGACCCACAGAAAUCUGACUGUGACACAAGAUGGCCGCAGCAACUGUCAGGACUUCCUCCCAAGCUUCUGCAGCGCCUGAUGCCUUUUCAAAGGGAGGGAGUGGAGUUCGCUUUGUCUAAGAAUGGACGAUGUAUGAUUGCCGAUGAGAUGGGCUUAGGGAAGACGGUCCAGGCCAUCGCAGUGGCGUGCGCUUACAGAGCGGAGUGGCCCCUCCUGGUGGUGGUGCCCUCCUCUCUCAAAUAUCCCUGGAUCGAGGAGCUGGAGAGGUGGAUCCCAGAGCUGCAGCCCGGAGACGUCAACUUGGUGGAGAGCAAGAGCCACACCAUGGAUAUCAGCAGCAGUAAAGUGACAGUGCUGGGUUACGGGCUGCUCACCACAGACGCACGCCCCCUAGUGGAGGCUCUUAGCAGACAGCGGUUCGCUGUAGUCGUGGUGGACGAGUCUCAUUACCUCAAAUCGAGGAACGCAGCAAGGACCAAGAUCCUGGUCCCUCUCAUUCAGAGUGCAAAGCGGGCCAUCCUGCUCACUGGUACCCCCGCUCUGGGUCGACCCGAAGAGCUUUUUAUGCAGAUUGAUGCCCUCUAUCCCAAGAGGUUUGGAACGUGGACAGACUACGCCAAGAAAUACUGCAACGCCCAUUACAGGUAUUUUGGGCCUCGCAGGCAGUGGGACUGUCGUGGUGCGUCCAACCUAGAGGAGCUGCACCGGCGGCUGAGCCAGAUCAUGAUCCGUCGACUUAAAGCCGAAGUUCUGAGUCAGCUGCCUCCGAAAAUCCGUCAACGCAUCCCCUUUGACCUGCCCAAGGAGGCUGCCAAGGAGGCCUCGGCCUGCUUCGCCGAGUGGGAGAGGCUGAUGAAGGGACUGGGGUCAGGGGUCGCCACUACGGAAAACCCCUUCACAGAGGUCAUGAGUCUGGUUACACAGAUGUACAAACAAACAGCUAUUGCCAAGGCGGGAGCUGUGAAGGACUACAUUAAGAUGGUGCUGGAGGCAGAGCAGCUGAAGUUCCUGGUGUUCGCCCACCACCUCACCAUGCUGCAGGCCUGCACCGAAGCCGCCAUUGAGGCCAAGGCUGGGUACAUACGAAUCGAUGGCAGCGUGCCUUCAUCGGAGCGAAUCAAGUUAGUCCACAAAUUCCAGAGCGACCCAGAAACCCGAGUCGCCAUCCUCAGUAUCCAAGCAGCCGGUCAGGGUUUGACCUUCACCGCUGCCAGCCAUGUGGUGUUUGCUGAGCUCUACUGGAACCCUGGACACAUGAAGCAGGCGGAAGACCGCGCUCACCGCAUCGGGCAGACGUCCUCUGUCAACGUGCACUACCUCAUCGCCAAGGGCACCUUUGACACAGUCAUGUGGUCCAUGCUCAACAGGAAGGAAACGGUUACUGGUAGCACAUUGAACGGCAGGAAGGAAUACCUGAAGGCUGAUGAAGGUGACAAGGACAAGUGGGAGUUCCUCAGCCUUGCCAGCGCUUGGACACCGAGUGAGAUGGCACUACCGCUGGAGGGAAACACAGGAAAUGUGAACGAUGACAUUUUCUUCUCCUAUUUUGAGAAAGAGAAGCAGCACGAUAUUCGCUCGUUCUUCUCGCCAAGUGCCAGCAAGGAGAAGAAGAGGAAGAAACCAGAUGACGAGGAACCGUCUCCGUCUCCGUCCCCGGAGCUGGUGGAACAAGUUGACGCCGACCGCUCUCCCUCCUGUGUGAAUCUUGACCAGGACUUUUCACUGCAGCUGAAGAGGCUUCGAACGCCCAAGUCCAGGUCGAGCCCCGGGUCUCGGUUUGCCGGGAAGCGGAGGUUGACGCCGGGAUGGAAAAGCCCACAAAGUCCCGCCUCGUUUGUCCGCCGGAAGCUUCCGGAGACAUGGAGCUGCGGGGCCUGCACCUACUCCAACAGCGGCCUGCUGCCUUUCUGCGAGAUGUGCGAGUUCCCGCACUCGUCUGGGCUCAAACCAGAGUCACCAGGGCCUCCUCAAGCCUCCGCUGGCCAAGAGUGCGUCGUCCUUUCCAGCACCGGAAGCGAACCAGAGCCUAUGAAAGUCAAACAGACGCUGGAAGAAGCAGAAGAAGAAGAGGAUAAGCGAUGGCCCAAAGGCAAACAGUCAGCGAGGGAGGGAGGCGACAACAUGGCUGGCAGCGGCGGCCGCCUCUCCCCUGACCACACACGGGAUUGCAGAGCGGUGUCGUGCUCAUCUUCUGCUGCCGAUGCUAAUGGUGGCGAUGAAGGCAAUGAUGAAGGUGACGCCGCCGCCAACCAGCUCGUCUACCCGGGCCUGAAGUUCUGCGCCAGCCGGUACACCGACCGGAUUUACCUCUACUCCAAGGACGGAGCGCCGUUGAACUUGAGCUUCAUCCCUCUGGACAUCAAGCUAACCAACUGGGACGACCUGCCCGAGGCCUUCAGCCAGCGCCGGGAAAAUCGAAUACAGGUGCUGAGAUUCGUUCAGGAGUGGAGCAGCCUGGCAGCCAUGAAGCAGAAGUUGCUGCGGCGCAGUGGCUUUCUCUUCCACAGCCCAACCCUGGGCCUGCAGCAGCUGGCCGCCAACCAGCGUCCCCACUCCAGCACCAACAGGUAUCUGAGCAGAGAGGAGGUGGCCAAGGCUUCCCUCAGCAAAGCCCGGGAAGAAGGAGGCGGCGUCCGUGUGGUCACCAAGGAAAACUUCUUCACAAAGAGGAGAUCUGGCAAUCCACAAACACCGCCUGCUGCAGAGAGACUGGACCAGCAGUCUUGCAAAGCAGAAGAUGAGCAGCCAUCUUCAGAGCCCAGCUACCUGCAGGCUGUGGACAGUCAGGGUGUCCCUCUGUGCCUCUCCUGCCAGCAGGCCUGUCCUACCACAGGUGGAGCUUGGGAUACUCGAUUCUGCAGCCACAGAUGCCAGGAGGAAUUCCAGUUGCGGUCCAGCCAGACGUUCAUGCGUUCCUGCGUCCUGGAGGCAGAGCAAGGCAUUUGUCAACACUGUGGCCUCAAAGCUCAUGAGCUGUUCCUGAAGGUCCGUGAUGCACCAGCCUCCAAGCGGAAGGAGAUACUGGAGAACACAUGGCUGGCCCAGCUGCCACUUAAACAGCUCAACGAGAUGAUCCGCGCGCCGGUGGAGGGAGACUUUUGGCAGGUGGACCACAUCCAGCCGGUGUACAGAGGAGGAGGACAGUGCUCCAUGGACAACCUGCAGACGCUCUGCACCGCCUGCCACAAAGCCCGGACGGCUCAGCAAGCCAGAGAACGCAGCCAGAUGAAGAAGAGCGCCGCUGCCUCCAAGGUUGCGUCAGACAUCAGCAGGUUCUUCAUCAGGAAAUAAAACGCCUUCACAGUUGAUUAAAGACAGCUGGUGCUGUGCGGUUCCCACCGCAGACAUGAAUCUCUGGUGUUGAGGCCACAAGAGGAUGCACUCGGAGCGGAAACUGGGCUAGUAAAGGGAAUAAUUACAGAGCUAAACUGCGAAAUAAAUGUCUUGUUUUCACCGGGAACAGGCGGCCAAAGGGAAUACAGACGCUUGUGAAAAACAGAUACCUGAGCAAAAAUAAAGCCAACCACACCAAGAAGACAGAGGCUAAUUUAUGCUGCUGCCAAUCACUGAAUAUAAUUGCAAUAGCAUGGUAUAAUAGCAGCUCAGGACUAGUCAUUUUCCCCCUCCGGCUCUAUCUCAGGUGCUUGGAGAGGUUUCCAUCAGCUCCUGAUUUUUCAAGAGAGACCUCUCAGACAGAAAUGACAAUGGACUUUCAAUGACUUAUAAUUAUGCCACUUUCCUGCACAAUUUCCUGCCGGUCAUUUGCAUUAAGACUCAUGCGGGUGAAAGUGAGCCACACGCUGCUCUGCUAAAGGCCCUCGGAUCGGCCCCAUGCCUCAAAUUACCAGGUGCUCUAGCACUUCUUGGAACGUCUCUGCUCCCCCCGCCGCUGUCCUAAAGUUAUCCGACUCUGUUAAUUGGAUGGAUGACGUCCAGAACGUGUGACCGCGUGAGGAUCGCAGAGAGGCAGGCGCCUCGGAUUCGUGCCACGGAAACCGGCGUUCGCCGUUUCCUCUCUCCAAGGUUAUUCAACAUUGCAUCUUGUGUUCUCCAAAAACUAAAAUCCUUUAAAAAAAUAAAUAAAAAGUGAUGCUGAACGCAUUGGUGAUCCGUGUUGGAUCCGGGGCCAAAUGUAAUACUGCCAUCUAGUGGACAUGAUGGGAAAAAGACUGCUUAUUAACAGUAGGGGAAGAAAAUAAUUUGAGUUCAUAUUUAGAAAUAAAAAUCUGAAUUGUCUAGCGUGUGUUUGUACCUGACAUUUUAGAGAAGUUUGGUUUUAUUUAAGGGUGAAUACAUGUAAAAACACACUAGGUGAUUCUAAAAAUAUUGAAAACUUUACAAAAAUAUUUGUCAUAAGAAAUCCUUCCGUUUUUUUUUUUUUUUUUUUAGUAACUAAUUAAGUUAAAUCUGCUGCCUCAGCUGCUCUAGUAAUCAUGUGACGGCUCAGAUUAUAUUGUGUGAGGGACGUAAGGUUUUUUUUGUAUCUAUAUGAAGCAUUUUUCACAUUCUUCCACAUGCAGUCAGCAGAUUGGGCGAUGCUUUCCUUUCAGAUGGCUCUUAAUUCUGGGAUUUGUUGCUCUCAGAAGCGGCUCUCGUUUCCCCCCCAUCACUCUCUGCGGAUCUUCGCGCAGUAGGCGUCUCUCGUAGCGUUUUGAGAGGUAGCUGAAAAUAAAUCACCGCCCUCCCACCAGUACGCAAGCAUGUCCAGAUGGUGGAGUUUUCACUGACGUCCCCCCGCUGAAUUUCCCCCCAUUGUCUUCCUCUCUAAAAUUAGAAGGCAAUACUUGGUUGAAAAGCGCUGCGUCUGCUCAGAUGGCGCUGGUUAAUUAUCAGGAACUGGAUUUAUGUGCCGCCCACAAGUGAGCCGUAAAGGCAAAAUCGUUUGAGAGUUUAGCAGAGAACCCUGAAGAGUUUAAAUUUUGGGGUUAACUUUCAGAGGCCUUUGCUUAAUUUAAAUAAAAUUCAUGAAGCAGGAAGAUACAUGAAUCUGUUUUAUAUCAUUAUCCUUGUGUUUUUUGUCAUGACAAGUGUUGACUUUCUUACAUGGAAAUAAGAUCUCCAGCUUAUUUUUAUGCAAUAACAUCUCAUUUAUUUCAUUAUCUUGACAUAAUGAGUUUGUUUUGACUCAGACUUCAUUUUAAUGGACGGAUAAUGAAAUCCAAGGCUUGUUUUUACGGCAUUAACAGCUUAAUGAUGUCUUGAUAUGAAGGCGUGAUGCGCCGAGGGUUUCAGUAUCUGCUUUCUUCAUCAUUGUUCCGGUUGAGGCGUUCAAUGUUUCCCCCAGAAAACCUGCUAAACCCGGAGGUCGGGGCAAUCUGCAGGCUGCUGAGUUUUUGAGUUAAAAAGUGUUUAAAGUUGACAGGAAAUUUUAAAAUAUCACUUUAUUAUGUGCUAUUGGAAGAUCAAUACCUGAACACCAACUAUAAGGUCUUAUAAAAUGCAAACAUUUUUUAAAAACUUUAAUAAACAAUCCUACGCCUGGUGGGGACACAAGUAAAGCCUGGUGACCCACCAGGCUUAGAAUACACUGAGGGAGUCUCUGGCCAUUGCUGUUUGGACAAUUAACCCCCCUGGGAGGAUUUUUGCUCCAUUUUAUUUUUUUUUUUACUUUUAAACAGCUGUUAAGAUGAAACUAUGUUUUACUUUUGUGUAAAAAUUGAUAGCCGUCAGUGAAACAGAUGUAAAACAAGAAGCUAUUUCCCAACCAAAAUUAAAAUUACUCCACUUUCUUCAUUCCUAUGACCAGAAGAGCCUUUUAUAUUCCAACACUUUUUGCAGAAAGCAAAAUCUAUACAUUCCAGAACUGCAGGAACCAAAAAUAUCUCCUUUUUCCAUCUCUUCAUGUUAGUCAAUAGAAGAAAAUGGGAAACAAUGGCUGUCAGUUUUGCGUGUUUUUAUUUGGGCUCCCAAUACAUAAGUCAAGGUUUUGUUCAUCAAUACAGUCUGCUUUGGAUUUUAAUACAAUGGAGUCAUUUGGACUGAUGCAGUAACCAACACUUCUGAACUACAGUCCUAUAUACACAACUUUAGAGAUCUGUAUUUUCAGAUGGUUAAUAACAUUUAUCAUACUGAAUAGCGAUUGACUAGAACAAUCACGAGAUUUUUUUUUUGUUUUGUUUUAAUUUUAGCUGCUAUGCUUUCGAUGCACAUCCACAGCAGUGUUAGCUUCGUCUGUAGCUCUGAAAUGAGUGCUCACCAGGUUCUGGUAGGCCUUUAAAUAGCAAAUAAAUCGGGC